AGUCUUGCGCGACUGCACUAAAUACCAGGCCACCUGUCGCUCGAACAGCCGCGCGGAAUGGACGUAUUGUAAACCUGUGGACUUGAACAAUUUGCGCCAUGGCUCAGUCAAAAGAGCUUUUCUCUCGAUUGGGGGAGCUCGUCGCGCAGCUGGAGCUGCCCUCGCCUUCGCAUGCCGUCCGCUAUGUGGGCCCAGAGCGCGACGUGCUCAUAGACCGGCUGCUGAAGAGGCUGGUGCCGGGUGACCUAGCGGACGCCCUCUUGCGCCACGUACCCGAGACGGAGUUUCCCCCGGGCAUAUCCGAGGAGGAGGCCCAGGCAUAUCGGUACGCUUACGCCCUGCGGCUAAUCCGGGUACCCGCCACGGCUGAGCAGAUACGGGGCUGCGCGCCGCCCCCCGAGGACCCGCUCAAGCUGCUGGUGGACCUGGCGGACUUUGCCGUGCACUACCAGGCCAACGUCCGCGAAGCCGCCGCUUCAGCCGCCGCCUCUGCAGCAGCCGCGGCCUCUACCGGCGCAAGCGCCGGGCCGUUGAGCCCCGCGCCCAGUCCCGGCCCCACAACCAGCUACGCGCCCAGCCCCACGCCGCGCCAGCGCACGCCGGGCCGGGGUGGCGCCGGCGCCAGCGCCGCCGCUGGCGGCCCCGGGUCCCUCCCUGCGGGUGUGCUGGGUGCGGGCCACACGGAGGCUGAGUUCCGGCUGCUUGACGGGCUGGUGGAGCGGGCGGCGGUGCUGCUGGACAGCGGCGGUGGACCCAACCUGUUCCCCGCGGACAUAAUGGCGGAGCUUCAGCGCCAGGACCUGCGCCUGGACGGCGACCUGGAGUCCGCCACCACCCGGCUGGAGGCGGAGGCGGCGCGGCUGAGGGCGGCGCUGCCGGCGGUGCGCGCGGAGGAGGCGCGACUGGCGCAGGAGGUGGCGUUGGUCAGCGAUGAGGAGUGGGCGGCCUGCUCGGAGGCCACCCGGGCGCAGCUGGCGGCGCUGCUGGACAGCUCGGCAGCCUUCUACGACACAUUCAAGACGGGCCUGGGUGUGUGGUGUGCCGCCAGCACGGCGGCGGAGACGUGCGGCGUGGGCCCGCUGGCGUCCGAGCUGCUGGCCCGCUACGCCGCGGUGCAGCGGCUGGCGGCGGGGCUGGGCCGCAUCCGCGCCGCACACAGCCGCAUCACCGGUUGCGCGCCGCCGCUCACGCUGCUGGACCCUCAGACGCUGUCGCAGCUGGGUCGGCUGAGCGGCCAGGAGCUGGCGGCGCUGAGGGGGCGGGUGGCGGCGGAGCAGCGCGUGCUGGCGCUGCAGCCGGGGCCGGAGCAGGUGGCGCGGGCAGUGGCGGCGGCGCGGGCGGCGGGGGCCGUGAGCGUGGCGUGAGGAGCAGAAGCAGGCGAAGGCGGAGGUGGAGGUGGAGGAGCGAUUUGGCGGCUUGGAUACAAUGAGUUACCGUAGGUGCUGGCUUGGGCUAGGAGAGCGGGGCUGGGGCGGGGUCCUGCAUCGUGUCCUGUGCUCUAUCGCCUACGGUACGCAUGUUUUUGGUGGGACAAGAAGGCGCUACACGCCCUGACACACUUCCCACGGCCGUUCAUGAUGUCCAAUGAGCAUAUUGUAAGGCACCAGAACC